AUGCCGCACAAACACACCCGGAAAGGCGUUGUGGACAAGUCGACAAUUGACCUCCCCCCCUCCGUUACUGCAAAACCCCUAUCGACCGCCAAAGGAUCCGCGACCAACGGCAUCUUCACAACCGAUCUCGCAACCACCAAACGCGCCAACAAAAAGCGCAAGCGCAAAGACACCGACGAUGACACGCCCAAGGCUUUCGCGCGCCUCAUGGCCUUCGCCCAGGGCAAGAAACUGCCCAAGGGCCUCGACGACGGGGUAAAAGAGACAAAAGCCGAGAAGAAGCGCAAACGCGCCGCCGAGAGCGGAGCCGCGAACCCAGGCGAGGACCAGGUCGCGGAGAAGGUCGCGGAGAAGGCGGACGUGAUGACGAUCCGCCCGGGAGAGAAGAUGUCGGAAUUCUCGGCCAGGGUGGACGCCGCGCUUCCGGUGUGCGGGCUCAUCAACAAGAGUGUGCGGUCGGGCAAGGACCCGCUGGGCUUGAAGGUCGGCCGGACCAAGACGGAGAGGCGCAUGCAUCGCAUGUACGACGAGUGGCGGGCCGAGGAAGCGCGGAUCCAGGAGCGGCGGCAGGCAGCGCGCGAGCUGGCUGAAGAGGAAGAGGAGGAUUCCGAUGGGCAGGUGAGGUGGAAGGCGGAGAUGGGCGCGAUGGGUGAGGGGACGGGGAAGACGAGGAGCGGGAAGAAUAAGAAGAAGAAGAAGGGGAAGAAGAUUGGGGAGGUGGACGAUGGGGAGGAUGAUCCGUGGGCGAAAGUGGGUAGGGAUAGAGGGGAGGGCAAGGUCGCAUUUGGAGAUGUGGCGCAGGCGCCGCCGGUGUUUACGAAGGCUCCCGGGGAGAAAUUCAAGGUGCGUGGGGCGAGAGUCGAGGUCGAGGAUGUGCCCAAGGCCAGUGGGAGUCUUAGGAGGAGAGAGGAGCUAGGGACUGUACGGAGGGAGGUUGUAGAAGGGUAUAGGCGAAUGAUGGCUGCUGGCAAGGAAAAGCCCACGCCUGAUGCCGAGGAGGCGUAG